CUCUAGGGGGCGGCACGGGGCUCACCGAACCCUCGCUCUCAGGAAACGAUUGUCGAUGCGGUCGAUUCUCCAGCCAAUCCUAGCACGCUCGACCCAUCCUGCUCUCCUAUUGGGCACAGAGAAGGGAGUCCGGCGGAUGUUGUUGUGACGCGGAGGGCUGCCGCCGGCAAGAUGGCGUGUAGUGAUGGGAAGCCGGGAAGCGUCUUCGACCACCACGUCCAGACGGUUGUGUGUGACUCCCGGGCCAAAUACCGGGAGGGCCGGCGCCCUCGCGCGGUCAAGGUGUAUACAAUUAACUUGGAAUCUCGGUACUUAUUAAUACAAGGAGUUCCUGCAGUGGGAGCCAUGAAGGAAUUAGUGGAGCGAUUUGCUCUGUAUGGUGAGAUUGAACAGUAUAAUCCUCUAGAUGAAUACCCAGCAGAAGAUUUUACAGAAGUUUAUCUCAUUAAAUUUGUGAGAUUACAAAGCGCAAGGGUAGCUAAGAAAAAGAUGGAUGAACAGAGUUUCUUUGGUGGGUUACUCCAUGUGUGCUAUGCUCCAGAAUUUGAGACAAUUGAAGAAACUAGAAAAAAGUUAGAAGAAAGAAGGGCUUAUAUUGCAAGAGUUACUAAAAACAAAGACUAUUACAUGACAAAAAGGAAACCAGUUCCAGAGCCAAAAGGAACAGAAGAUUCCAGACAAGAUUUCCAUCCACAUACACCUGGAUUUUGGACUCCUGCUGCCAACGGUUCCCCUGGGAACUCAAGUCCUUGUCUUCCUUAUUCUUGUGAGUUGCCUCUGUGCUAUUUUGCCUCCAGAAGCACAUGUUCACCUGGGGAAGACGUGGAAGGAGCGUCAGACUCCUGGACCGGUGCUAGGAACCAUAGUGACCUCCGGAAGCAUCGUGACUGCAGUGCCUUUCCCCCGGAACCACAGACAAACACUUACAAAGACUCAGUGCCCUGCUCCAGUGUGCAGGGAGCCGCUGCUACCUCACAAGCCGUCGGUAGGUUUAUGCCUAGGACAACGCAGCUGCAGCAGAGGAAAAGACGACGAGACUGUGAUCGUGAACUUGGAACUUUCCUUGAAACAAACACAAGCAGUAAUGACGUCUUGAUUGGACCUAAGUUACCAGAUAUUCCCACGGUGGAUCUGCAGGACGACUCCUUGAAUGCAACAGCAAACUUAAUUCGGAAUAAACUUAAAGAGGUGAUUUCAUCCGUGCCAAAGCCUCCAGAGGACAAAUCAGAAGACACAUCUACAAGUCACCCACGAAAACAAAGAAGGAGGAUAUAGCUUGCCAGCGGGGGAGGGGCGGUUUUCUCUUUCCUUUCCUCUUUUGAGUCAGGGUCUCACUGGGCAGCCCCAGCUAUCCUGGAACUCACUGGUGUAGACCAGGCUGGCCCCAGGCUUCUGCCCUCUGCAUGCUGGGAUUAAAGGUGUGCC